CCCGACGUGACGGAUAUCUGAGUUAUCUAUCGUAUACGCUUACAGAAUGGACUUUGAGCAGCAAUUGGAAAAUGCUGAAAAAUUGGAGACUCCCUCGUUGGUGGGAUCUUCUGUCAGAUCAGCUGAUGACUCUCCCCACAAUAACUACAUCCAUCCAGAGAAGCUGAAGGUCAAGCACGGCGACGACAAUGUCCCGAUUCUGGCUAUCAGCAACAAGAAGAGCACGCUCAUGAAUCUGGCCAUUUCGGCUUCUCUUGACGACUUGAUCAACGAAGGUGCUCUUUUGGGGUCUGAAGAAGAUUUCGAUAACUUUUUGGAUCUGGAAGGAAAGCCCAAGACUGAUAUUCGGUACAAGGUUGAAAAAGAAGUAGAUGAUGAAGACGAAGAUAAAGAAGUGGAUGAUGUUGCAUCGGAUGAAAGAUCUGAAACAAAGGCUACUGAUACUAUCGUAGAAGAUGAAGAGUCUUCUGAGCUUGCUGAAGACUCCUCAAUUGCUAAAGACGCCGAAAAGUCUGAUCCUGCUCAACGUGUAGAAGAUCUUACAGAAAAAGACUUGGAAGAUGACGACUAUGACGAAGUCUCUCGUGCUGCUGCUGGGCCCGGAACCACCAGCGCUUCGAGUUUCUACCAGCAGGAAGACUAUUCCACUCCCAACUUAUCUGAGUACCAGUUGGAGAAUAACAUCCAGGACCAUUCUGAAUUUCUUACCAAUGUUAAGUCGAUUGAUCCUCAUCGUUUGCCCUCGACAAAUUCUGUCUUCAAGAGACCUGAGCCUCCUGUCAAGACGUCCAGUUUCUCGACGCCUAAGUCCGAAACUCCGAUCUCUAGCUUGAAUCUUGACCAUUCCCACGAGAGACAGCCUCCAGGAUUGAUUGGUCAUGCUCACAAGGAUGGAAUUCAUACUCCAUACUUCCACACCGACUCUAGAUCGAGAUCUAUCAGUAGGGAUCCAUCCAGAAGAGCUGAAGCCAGAUCGAGUUCAAGUUCUUCCUUUAGACCUCAUUUAGCUCGCGGUGACUCAUACAAGAACACCACGCCUGUAGACCCCGCUAAGUACGAGUUACCUCCAGACUUCGCCAUUUCUGCCGUUUCGGAAGAUACGGAUGACAGAAGGUCAAGACAGUCAAGACCUACCAUGGGUGACUCGAUUGCUGCCGCCGAAGCUAAGGCUGCUGCCAGAGAUGAAGAGUUGGCAGUGUUACCAACAGACCCGUCUUUGGUAACCACUGGUGACUACACCAACUUCAAUGUGGACAGACCUUCCAACGAGUACGAACAGCCGAAGUAUGCCAGAUCACUUUCUUCCACAAACUACCUCAGAUCGAUCUCAAGAUCAAGAUCCAGAGCUAGACCUGCUGGUGAAGAAAGCGAGAAGAAUGAUUCCAACCCUGAGGAGUUGGUUAGAGAGGGAGCUUUUGUCACUGAUGAUCCCUAUUCAACCAUUGAUCAUUUGGAUACGAUGGUAGAAGAAGUUUUGCAUCCUAAAGGUGAAGAAUCUGGAAAAGCAGUUGAUAAGGAUGAAAAGUCUGACAUAGAAUUGGAUUCUAAAUUGAAGCUGAUUGAUAUUGAUGAAAAGAACGAUCAAGAUGUAAAGGAAAAGUCUGAGGAAGAUGCUAUAGAGUCUAAAGAAAUAGAACCCAAGGAAGAACUCGAGGAAGAACCUAAGGAAGAACCAAAGGAAGAAGAAUCCUCCAAGGAGGUGGUUUCUGAAGAUGUCGAAGAACCCGAAUCGAAGGAAGAAGCCAAAGAAGAAGAAUUAUCCAAAGAAGUGGCUCAACCUGAAGAAUCCAAGGAAGUUUUGAAGGACACUGAAGUUGAACAAACUAAGGAAGUCAAGGAAGUUGAAUCCAAGAAAACAACUGACGACGAUGAUUUGGACGACUUGGAUGUUUCACCUGAAGAAAUCCGCAAGCACUUGGAGUCGCAGCCAAUCUACAUCUUCACCUCGUUGGCUGGUGGUAUGCAGAUCAUGCAAAGAACCAACAGAUUGGUGACAAUAUUACAAGCCAAUGGAAUCAAGUUUGAGUACCGUGACUUGGGCACAGACGAAGAAGCCAAGAAGAUCUGGAAGAGACAGUCUGGUGGCAAGACCUUGCCAGGUGUGGUUAGAGGUGAUGAUUUCAUUGGUAACUGGGAGAAGAUCAAUGAUGUUAACGAAGAGUAUAAACUCAAGGAACUUCUUUAUGAGACAUUAUAAGAAGUUCCUUGAGAUUAAGUAGGAAGUAUAGCGUCAAGACGUGUAUCGAAUGGCUUGCUAGAAUAGUUUAGCCAAUAUAGCGAUUGAAUCGUA